AUGAUCUCCAGGAGUGAAGCCCAGAGGCAGAAGGGCGAUGAGCUCCGAAUGCGUGCUGCUGGUAUUGAUCCCACCAAAGUCGACGAGCAAUGGGCAGGAGAGGUCAUGUCUCGUCGGCACAAGAAGGAAGUCAAGGUUGACGAGGCACAAGAAAAAGAGAAAAAGGAAGCGGCAGAUCUGGCGAUGGACAAGCGGGAGGUUGUGCACAAAAGGCCAGAAGGGCGCCUGAAGUGGCUGCACAAAGCCUUAGUUCUGGCCUCGAAGGGCCGGGUUUCCAUGCCCACGAUCUACGAUAUUGUGAAGUCCUCUCAGUUCACCUCGGGCAUGAACUCAAAGGUCGGACUGCAGAUCAAGGGCAUGGUACUCGCCAACCUCCAUCUCUUCAAGAAGGAGCAACAGAAAACCCUGCAGCACAGCAGGCUCAUGAGCUUCUCUGAGGAUGGCUCCGUGCCAACAG